UGGAUCACGUAGCACUCUUUGCGCCUGUGCACAAGCUGCGGGGGCCGCCCGAGCUACCGUCGCCCCUGCAGCAGCUCUAUCUAUGGUCUCUCCCUAGAGCUUUGCCGUUGGGGGUAGCUGCUGCGGCUGUGUUCGCCCCGCGCGGCAGCGACAUGGAGGAAUUCGAUUCCGAAGACUUCUCCACCUCCGAGGAGGACGAAGACUACGUGCCAUCUGGUGGAGAGUAUAGUGAAGAUGAUGUAAAUGAAUUAGUGAAGGAAGAUGAAGUGGAUGGUGAAGAGCAGACACAGAAAACCAAAGAGAGAAAAAGAAAGUCUCAGAGCAUUCCGGCCAGGAAGAGAAAACAAGGUGGCCUCUCAUUAGAAGAAGAGGACGAGGAGGAUGCCAAUGAGGAAUCUGGAGGAAGUAGUAGUGAGGAGGAAGAUGGAGCUGCAGAGCCAGAAAAAGGCAUUGAGUCAGAGGAUGCAAAGAAAAAGAAGGAAGAUGAACUAUGGGCCAGCUUCCUCAAUGACGUAGGACCAAAAUCAAAAGUGCCUCUGCGUACACAAGUUAAAAGAAGAGAGGAGGCUGAAGAGACAAGUUCAAGUAAAUUGUUGGUCAAAGCAGAAGAGCUAGAGAAACCUAAAGAAACAGAAAAAGUUAAAAUUACCAAGGUGUUUGAUUUUGCUGGUGAAGAAGUCAGGGUGACUAAGGAAGUGGAUGCUACAUCUAAAGAAGCCAAAUCCUUCUUCAAGCAAAAUGAGAAAGAAAAACCCCAGGCUAAUGUCCCUUCAGCUCUGCCAUCACUUCCUGCCGGAUCAGGACAUUUUCAUGAGGAGAUGGAGACCUGCCUGAGAAAAAGCAAGCCGGGAGUCAAACAACAGAAUGAGGAAGUACCAUGCCAGUUCCAGACCCUUGUAUGGCUCUGGAAAAUAGUCCAUGGGUUAAAAAGAUCAAGUGGCAUGAGCAGCCUUCUGGGGAAAAUAGGAGCCAAGAAGCAGAAGAUGAGCACCCUAGAGAAGUCCAAGCUGGACUGGGAGAGCUUCAAGGAGGAGGAGGGCAUUGGCGAAGAACUAGCCAUCCACAAUCGGGGGAAGGAGGGGUACAUUGAACGAAAAGCUUUUCUAGACCGAGUGGAUCACAGGCAGUUUGAAAUCGAGCGAGAUCUCAGGCUGAGCAAAAUGAAACCCUGAUGUGAUGAGGAACCUACAGCAGCUCAAUCCUGUUUACAACGUGAGCUUUUUGUGCGUCUUUGAAAUGUUUCCCGUGUUUCCCAUUGACUGUUUCCCAGCAAGGUCUUUUUUUCUACAUUGAAUUUCUGUCUUUGUAUCUUGAUCUCAUGUGAUUUCAUUCAUUUUACUUUUAAUAGUUUGUCUUUUAAAAAAUAAAAAUAAAAAAGUA